CCUUCGAACACAGUGAUGUCAUCGACUGUCAACAAUUGCAGGAAUACCGUUCAGCGUAAAUAAAAAUUCUCUUCGUUCCCGUAUCAAAACUACCGCAGGCAGGGACUAAUAAUGGCAGACCCAAAGUUCCAGUACUUGCCUUACAUUGCUCACGACCAACCCGACGUGUACGAAACUCCGGACGUGAACGAAACCGAAACAUCGGAUUACGAUGAGGAUGAACCCGUGAACGAUGCGAUCGAGCGGUUGCACAUCUCAACCAAGGACUCGAUCGGAAAGUUCCGCGGCAAAUACCUUACCGGUGACGUUGAUUUCUCCGACGGCAUAGGCCGGAAGAAUCGGCUGGGCUAUGACGCACGCAGUCUCGACUACGAGCUGGCGGGCGAAGGCGAACGGGAAACUCCGCUGCAGCGUUGCCACCGUCUAAAGUGUGAAAUGAACGAGCUGAUGGAAGAGAUCGAAGCAUCGCGUGCGGAUACAGGUCGUACGGCGGAGGAAAAGGCUUCAUACGAGACGGUGUUUGGGGUGGUCAGCACAGCGAAGAAGGUGCUAGAGAGCCUGAAGCUAGAACAGGUCAUCGGCAGCGAGGUAGUAGCCGGUGGUGGUGAUGCGGAAGCGAAGAAACUAAUCGCCCAGAUCGAAGAGUACAAGAAGUCCGGUGCCGUUUCGAGCAGUGAUCCGAAGAUGGUUGCAAACGAGCUGAUGCAAAGUGCACGCGUCGCCCAGCUGGAACAUCGGCUGCAUCAACUGGAGGUGGCUGUGGGUGCGAAACCGGAACGUAUCAGCCGUCUAGCCGGCACAACCGGUACGGGUAAUCUAAUCGAAGCGGUACAGAACAUAUCUGCAAAGGCCGCACUGUUGCAACCGUCCCAGCUGGAUACGAUCGAGCAGCGACUGAACAAUUUGCUGCAGCAAAUGAACAGCAUCCAGGAGAAAUCGAACGCAACGGGACAGGACCCCAACAGGGAACAAAAGAUCUUGGAACUUUACGAAAUUGCGAAAAGCACCGAACCGAUCGUGCAGAUUCUUCCCGAUAUGUUGCACCGUAUGCAAACCUUGGAAUCGUUGCACAAAUACGCUACAAACUUUAGCAAACUGUUUGCCGAGCUGGAAACAACGCAAGCUUCCAUCCUGAACGGAGUGGCUGCCAACAAGACACUGCUUACCGGUGUGCAGGAAGCAUUCGCACAGAACUUAGAAAACGUUAACAAGGAGGUAAGGAAGCUCGAGGAACGCAUGACCAAAUUGCAGCAGACGAUUAAGUAGCCUGCAGGCGCGCUCGGCAGACGGAUCCCAUUCUCGUAUAUAUCGUGUGGUAAGGAGCGCUUUUUGGCCCCGUAAUAUUAUUCCUUGCAAUACGCAACGAUGCUGGAUAUUUAUUUAAUCGCAAAUCUAAUAUUUUUAAUUAAUUGGUCAAAAUAGAAAAGCUGCUGCAAGUCGCUAUCGGCCGGAUGUAUUCCCAAAUAAUAACAAACGAAAAAGACGUA